GGAGACCAGGUUUACACACUCCAUCUGGAGUGACUCCAUUUGAGGUUGUGAAUUAACUUGCUGCCACCCUGGCAGCAUUAGCACUCGGUGCCAGAGCUCCCACUCGCUCUCAGAUGUCCUUGUGGACAGAAAGCACCAUGGCAUCGCGUAGCUACAGGCAGGCUGGCACUUUCAGUCAGCGUGGAUGACAAGACAGAAGCAGCUUCCCCGUGAGGUAGCAAUAGGACAAUAAGGAAAUAGCUCAGUGGAAAAUUCUCCCCACUCUGGCACCUGAGGGAAUUUCCUUAGGCAACUUUUCUUCCAUGUCAUGGUUGCAAGGCAGGUAAGCUUUUUUUUUUUUUUCCCCUCCUUCCUGUGGGGGAGGAGGGAGCAGAGGAUAGACCAGAUCUUGCAAAGCACCUGGGUGCCCUCAACUCCCAUGGAGGGCAUGCUGGAGAGGACACUCAGGCAAGCGUGAAGGCACCUGGUUGGUGGUGCUGACCAUCAGCUGGAGGGGAUGUUCUAUUCGCCCAUUGGGGCACUGUAUCAAUGAAUACAAUUUAUCUAUUUAUCUUAGGCUUUUUCACUGGUGCCCAUCACCCGUAAUACCUGAGCGCCUCCCAGGGUAAUAGAUUGGCAUAGCAAAGUCCCUAGUUGACUUCAUGGAAUCUUCUGCUCUUCUCCUCCCUUCUCAGAUUAUGGGAAGCGGCACUUGGGGGUCGGUCAUGUUGUGCUUCCCCCAAAUGCGGCGCACCGAGACGCCAGAUUCCCCCACCAGCCCCGUUCCUGCCACUCCGGAUGAAAUCCCCAUUCCUAUUAGCCCCAUCGUAGUCACCUCCCCCACUGACGGCAGGAAGCUCAGCUCCCCAACGUCCAGUCUUGCCUCCCCCAAACCUACCUCCCCCAUCGAGUGCUCCAUCUGCUUCAACACCUAUGACAACAGCUUCAAGACACCCAAGCUGCUCCGGUGCUCGCACGUCUUCUGUCUGGAAUGCGUGGCCCGCUUGACCUCGGCACUGCCCCAGCCCCGUGUUGAGGACCAGCUGCCCUGCCCCCUCUGCAGACAGCUCACAGAGAUCCCCCUUGAGGGCCCUCCGGCUCUCCAGACCAGCCAGGAGCUCCUGUCCACCCUGCCUGCCGAAUACCAACGGGAGAAGGUGGUGUGGAUGGAAGGCAGCAAGCUGUGCUGCAGGCAGUCAUCCCAGGACCCAGAAGAUCCCGACGCAUGCAUCUGCCUCGACGUGGCCAUGAGCAAGCCCAAUCCCCCCGUGACGCCGACAGAGGGCAUGGCUGGGAGGCUGUCCCGCUGUGCCAUGUGCGACGACUGGAAACGCAUCGUCCUCCUCUCGGCCCUGGUCAUCAUUCUGCUGUGCAUCAUUCUGUGGCCGGUGCAGUGUGCCCUGAAAACUGGGAACCUCCGCUGCUUCACAAGGCCGGUUACAUUCAACAGGCCAAACCCUGUUCCGGUUAUGUAUACAACCCCGCCAGCGCCCGGGACCAGCCCCCCCUCGCGCUAGCAAGAGCUGGCAUUUAAAAGGCUGCCCAUGCCAAGGAGCUAGAUCAAGCUGCUGCCUACUGGACUUCGCCAACUUACCUCACUGCCAAGCUGUAGCAGCCCGUUCUCGGCCUACACACUGCUCCGCCUAUGCACUUUGAACGUCACCUGAACAGCCUGUUAAUCCAGCCCCUUGCUUUCACACAACUCCGCCAACGCAAAGGGGCGGGGGGUUGUGCAUAGCCGUAUCUUAAGCCACUGCUUCACCUAAAUCUCUAGUCAUCCUAAACGCUACAUAGAUAACGGAGCCUUAAAGACUUGCACAAAGGGCAUAUUUCUAGGACUGCUGCUUCCCAGGAAAGGUGCAUGUGCCUCAAAGUGUGGGGCUGUUGUCAUAAAGACACAGCUGUGAAUGGCCUUGGCCCUUUCGACUCACCGAUGGAAAGGAAGUGCUAAGGGAAGGGUUAUUUUCUUGGAAACCGACAACACUGUGAAAAAGUCUAGAUGUGAUUAUUUCUAAGGGAUAGAAAUCCAUCAGUCCUUGGAAAGAAGCAUGCGAAAGCUGUGUCUAUAAAGUGACCAUAUUUAAUUUUAUACAAUGUGCUUUAUUAAACAUUUCAACUGUAUAUUUUGUUAGUAUUAAACUAUUGCUGG